CUUCAUGCAGUACCACCAGUGCGCAGAGAAUCUGGCGUAAUCUGCAGAGCAGGGAGGGUUUUCGGAAUCUACGUUCAAAACAACUUGCAGUUACCUAUUAGGAAAUCUCAAAAAUAAAGGUCUGCAUUGUCCUUUCGACCUACCUUUGAUGUGAUAAAAGAAAAUGCCACAAGCAAGGUCUUGACAGUCUUUAUUAAACGUUUUGUCUGAGUUGCAUACCGCCCGUGAAAAUCUAAUCCUGACCGAGGAGUGGAAGCUGCAGGAGGUGUUUCGUUUGUAAAUUAAUUCAAAAAUGACAUCUUUGCUGGGAUUCCUGACCCUGUUGGUUGUAAAAUAUGUUACGGCUGAUGCAGGCAUUCGGGAUGGUAUUACUGCUGACUUUUCAGUGAAAGUUUACCAUCAGUUGCGGUCACUGGAGAAAGAUGGCAAUAUUUUUUACUCCCCAUUUAGUAUUGCCAAUGCCUUAGGAAUGGUUAAGCUUGGUGCUGGGAGUACAACUCUUGAGCAAAUUCAACGCGUCAUGGGCUACGACUACUUGCAAAAAGGUGAGGAAUUUGAUUUGUUGCGGGACCUGUCUCAAUCCAUGAAAGCAGACAGCCAGCAGUAUGUUAUGAGGCUUGUCAACUCAUUGUUUGUGGAGGAAGGAUUUCAACUGAGUGACAAGUUCCUUCAGAUGCUUAAAGAAUAUUUCAGUGCCAGUGUUGAAAAUGUUGACUUCAGCCAGUCGUCUUCUGUGGCUGAUCAUAUCAAUGAGUGGGUGCAGAAUCAAACCAACAAUAAGAUACAAAAUCUCCUAUCACCAAAGGACUUCGAUGCUUUAACUCGUCUAGUCCUCGUUAAUGCAAUUUAUUUCAAAGGAAACUGGAAGUCUGAAUUCAGAGGGGAGAAUACCCGCACAUUUCAGUUUACCAAAGAUGACGAAAGUGAAAUCCAGAUACCCAUGAUGUACCAACAAGGAGAUUUCAAUUACGGUGAAUUCAGUGAUGGCUCAAAUGAGGCAGGAGGAGUGUACCAAGUUUUAGAAAUGCCUUACGUUGGCGAUGAGAUGAGUAUGAUGAUAGUACUUCCAAGACAAGAAGUACAACUGGCUACCUUAGAGCCACUUAUCAAAACUCAACUAAUUAAUGAAUGGGCAAACUCAGUAAAGAAGCAGAAGGUUGAAGUAUAUCUGCCAAGAUUCAAAAUGACACAGAAUAUUGAUUUGAAGGAAGUUCUCACUGGCCUAGGAAUCUCUGAAAUGUUUGGUGCUGAGGCUGACCUCUCAGUAAUGACUGAAAAGAAGGACUUGCAUAUUUCCAAGGCUAUUCAUACAUCUUUUAUUGAAGUGACUGAAGAAGGUUCUGAAGCAGCUGCAGCCUCGGAAAUGAUUGCUGUUAGCAGAAUGAUGGUCCUUAAUCCUCAGAUCAUUGCUGAUCAUCCAUUUUUCUUUCUGAUCAGAAAUCGAAGGACAGGUACCAUCCUGUUCAUGGGCAGAGUCAUGCACCCUGAAGAUAUUAAUCCAAAUAGACAUGAUUUUGAAGCUUUGUAGAUGCACCAGUUUUACACUGAUAAUGCCUCAUUUAACAGCUUUUCAUUCAUAAAUGAUGUGUUUUGCAGUUUUGCACUUUUACAGUCUGGUAAUUUUUGUCAUAACUAGCUGAAGUAAAAGAAUAGAGAAAAUUUGUAGGAGAAGUCUGUAUUUACAACAUGUUUUGUAGUACUGUUAUUGUACUGUCACCUUCCUCUCCUAAAUACAUGAACAUUGUUCCAUAUUUAUAACGUUCUAAACUAUUUAAUUAUGAAGCCCUUGGUAAUACUCUUAAUGCUACAAUGGUAGUUUUAAAAAUAAAGUGAAAGUUAUGUGCCAA